UACCCGCGGCAGAGGUGGCCAGGCCGCCCCAGGGGGCGAGCGCGAAGGCGGGGGCUCCGGCCCGCUGCCCAUGCUGCGGUGAGCACUACGCGCUACGCGCACUUGUAGCCGCGCCGCGCCGAGCCAGCCCCAGCCCCAGCCCUAGCGAGCCGACUCUCCCCGCCCAGCCAGCCCGGCCCCUACCUGCGGCCGCCGUCGGGGGAGGGGGGUCCCCCCAGCUCUGCGGAGCCGCAUGAACAAUAGGCGGCGGCGGCUCCUGCGGGCGGCAGCAGCCCCGCACCCUAUGGAUCGGCCGCUCCAUGGAGCCCUCCAGAGCGCUUCUCGGCUGCCUGGCGAGCGCCGCCGCUGCAGCCCCGCCGGGGGAGGAUGGAGCGGGGGCCGGGGCCGAGGAGGAGGAGGAAGAGGAGGAGGAGGCGGCGGCGGCGGCGGUCCCCAGGGAGCUGGGAUCCGACGCGCCGCUGCCCUACUGGACGGCCGUGUUCGAGUACGAGGCGGUGGGCGAGGACGAGCUGACCCUGCGGCUGGGCGACGUGGUGGAGGUGCUGUCCAAGGACUCGCAGGUGUCCGGCGACGAGGGCUGGUGGACCGGGCAGCUGAACCAGCGGGUGGGCAUCUUCCCCAGCAACUACGUGACCCCGCGCAGCGCCUUCUCCAGCCGCUGCCAGCCCGGCAGCGAAGACCCCAGUUGCUACCCGCCCAUUCAGUUGUUAGAGAUUGAUUUUGCGGAGCUAACCCUGGAAGAGAUUAUUGGCAUCGGGGGCUUUGGGAAGGUCUACCGUGCUUUCUGGAUAGGGGAUGAGGUCGCCGUGAAAGCAGCUCGCCACGACCCGGACGAGGACAUCAGCCAGACCAUAGAGAAUGUUCGCCAGGAGGCCAAGCUCUUCGCCAUGCUGAAGCAUCCCAACAUCAUUGCCCUUAGGGGGGUGUGUCUGAAGGAACCCAACCUCUGCCUGGUCAUGGAGUUUGCUCGCGGAGGGCCUUUGAAUAGAGUGUUAUCUGGGAAAAGGAUUCCCCCAGACAUCCUGGUGAACUGGGCCGUGCAGAUUGCCAGAGGGAUGAACUACUUACAUGAUGAGGCAAUUGUCCCCAUCAUCCACCGCGACCUUAAAUCCAGCAACAUACUGAUCCUCCAGAAGGUGGAGAACGGAGACUUGAGCAAAAAGGUUCUGAAGAUCACCGAUUUUGGCCUGGCUCGGGAAUGGCACCGAACCACCAAGAUGAGCGCAGCAGGGACGUAUGCCUGGAUGGCACCUGAAGUCAUUCGUGCCUCCAUGUUUUCCAAAGGCAGCGACGUGUGGAGCUAUGGGGUGCUGCUUUGGGAGCUCCUGACCGGUGAGGUGCCCUUCCGAGGAAUCGAUGGCUUAGCUGUCGCUUAUGGAGUGGCCAUGAACAAGCUUGCCCUUCCCAUUCCUUCUACAUGCCCGGAACCUUUUGCCAAACUCAUGGAAGAUUGCUGGAAUCCUGACCCCCAUUCACGACCAUCUUUCACGAAUAUCCUGGACCAGCUAACUACCAUAGAGGAGUCUGGUUUCUUUGAAAUGCCCAAGGACUCCUUCCACUGCCUGCAGGAUGACUGGAAACAUGAGAUUCAGGAGAUGUUUGACCAACUCAGGGCCAAAGAAAAGGAGCUGCACACCUGGGAGGAGGAGCUGACGCGGGCCGCACUCCAGCAGAAGAACCAGGAGGAGCUCCUGCGGCGCCGGGAGCAGGAGCUGGCCGAGCGGGAGAUCGACAUCCUGGAGCGGGAGCUCAACGUCAUCAUCCACCAGCUGUGCCAGGAGAAGCCCCGGGUCAAGAAACGCAAGGGCAAGUUCAGGAAGAACCGACUGAAGCUCAAGGACGGAAACCGCAUCAGCCUCCCUUCCGAUUUCCAGCACAAGUUCACGGUACAGGCCUCGCCCACCAUGGAUAAAAGGAAGAGUCUCAUCAACAGCCGCUCUAGUCCUCCUGCAAGCCCCACCAUCAUUCCUCGCCUGCGAGCCAUCCAGUGUGAGGCUGUUUCCCAAAUUAGCUGGGGCCAGAACACACGGGGGCACCUGUCCCCUGCUCUGUCCAGCCACCGACUGGUCCAGGCUGGCUCCGUCCAUAUCUGCCACCUCUCCUCCACAAUAUGUAUAUACAUGCACAUGUUGACACCAGGCGAAAGCAGCAAAACCUGGGGCCGGAGCUGUGUCGUCCCCAAGGAGGAGGGGGAAGAGGAGGAGAAGAGGGCCCCCAAGAAGAAGGGACGGACGUGGGGGCCAGGUACACUUGGUCAGAAGGAGUUUGCCUCAGGAGACGAAGGUCUCAAGUCCCUGGUAGAUGGAUACAAACAGUGGUCGUCCAGUGCCCCCAACCUGGGGAAGGGGCCGAGGAAUAGUCCAGCCCUGCCAGGGUUCACCAGCCUUAUGGAGAUGGAGGACGAGGACAGCGAAGGUCCACGGAGUGGGGAGAGUCGUCCACAGCCGUCGCCCAACCAGUCCUACCUCUGCAUCCCAUUCCCUCGUGGAGAGGAUGGGGACGGCCCCCCCAGCGACGGCGUCCACGAGGAGCCCACCCCAGUCAACUCGGCCACCAGUACCCCUCAGCUGACGCCAACCAACAGCCUCAAGCGGGGCGGCCCCCACCACCGCCGCUGCGAGGUGGCUCUGCUCGGCUGUGGGGCCGUCCUGGCGGCCACGGGCCUCGGGUGUGACCUGCUGGAAGCUGGCAAGUGCCAGCUGCUCCCCCCGGAGGAACCCGAGCCGCCAGCCCGGGAGGAGAAGAAGAGGCGCGAGGGCCUUUUCCAGAGAGCCAGCCGUCCCCGUCGGAGCACCAGCCCCCCAUCCCGGAAGCUCUUCAAGAAGGAGGAGCCCGUGCUGUUGCUAGGAGACCCCUCUGCCUCCCUCACGCUGCUCUCUCUCUCCUCCAUCUCUGAGUGCAACUCCACCCGCUCCCUGCUGCGUUCUGACAGUGAUGAGAUCGUGGUGUACGAGAUGCCCGUCAGCCCCGGGGAGGCCCCGCCCCUGAGCCCCUGCACCCGCAAUCCCCUGGUCAAUGUCCGAGUGGAGCGCUUCAAGCGAGACCCGAGGCAGUCCCUGACCCCCACCCAUGUCACCCUCACGGCCCCCCGCGCUGAGCCCAGCGCCCACCGGCGGACUCCUUCCGAUGGGGCCCUCAAGCCGGCGGCCCCUCGAGCCAGCAGGAGCCCCUCCAGCAACGGGCUGAGCCCCAGCCCUGGAGCAGGAAUGUUGAAAACCCCCAGCCCCAGCCGAGACCCAGGUGAAUUCCCCCGUCUCCCUGACCCCAAUGUGGUCUUUCCCCCGACCCCAAGGCGCUGGAACACACAGCAGGACUCUGCCUUGGAGAGACCCAAGACCCUGGAGUUUCUGCCUCGGCCGCGUCCUUCUGCCAACCGGCAGCGACUGGACCCUUGGUGGUUCGUGUCUCCCAGCCACGCCCGUAGCGCCUCCCCAGCCAACAGUUCCAGCACAGAGACGCCCAGCAACCUGGACUCCUGCUUGGCAAGCAGCAGCAGUACCGUGGAGGAGCGGCCUGGGCUGCCAGCCCUGCUCCCCUUCCAGGCGGGGCCGCUGCCACCCACCGAGCGGACGCUUCUGGACCUGGACGCAGAGGGCCAGAGUCAGGACGGCACCGUGCCGCUGUGCAGGGCCGCACUGAACACACACAGGCCUGCCCCUUACGAGAUCCAGCAAGAGUUCUGGUCUUAGCACGA